CCGUGAACACAAAGCUGAAAUUAAACAGCUGCGGGUUUGACCGUGGAGCUUCACGUCACACACGGAUAUUCCUCCGCUAAUAUUCGGGACCUGCUCGACAUCACUGGAUACGCUGCUGGGUAGAUUUCGCAAAGUCGAGGAAAAUUGAGCGGAACGAGAGUCCAAUUCAGUAUAGUACAUCCAUUUGUCGGGCUACGCUAUGGCGUCAGCAUCUGCCAGUGUGGACUCCAAGGCAGAGCUGACUGCUCUAUUGGAACAGUGGGAGAGAGAUCAGCAGGGCAGCACUCAGGAGCUGGUCAUUAUCCUUACCAAAAUAUCCGAGCUUGUUGAAAGGGAGACAGAAGAAUACCACAAAGUGGAUCCAGAUCCCUUUGAUGACCGGCAUCCAGGGAGAGCAGAUCCAGAAUGCAUUUUAGGACAUCUGCUCAAGAUCCUUUUCAAGAAUGAUGACUUCAUGAAUGCGCUGGUGAAUAGCUAUGUAAUGACCAGCAGAGAGCUUUCCCUUAAUACAGCAGCCUGUCGCUUGCUGCUGAAUAUCAUGCCUGGGCUGGAGACGGCCGUGGUCUUUCAGGAAAAGGAGGGCAUAGUUGAAAGGCUCUUUAAGUGGGCCCAGGAGGCCGAGCAGCCCCUGAGAAUCUACGCCACAGGCCUGCUGGCUGGUGCCAUGGAGAAUCAGGACAUUGCCGCCAACUACCGAGAAGAGAACUCGGUCUUGGUACCACUGAUGCUGCAUCGGCUACGUGAGCUUCAGGACAAGGAUGCUGAGAGCAAGAGGGAAUUCAAACGUCCCAGUCCUAGGAAGACUCUGGGUGAGCCUCUUCUUCCUUUGGAUGAGGAGACUGUCGAUGGGGGAUUUGAGGGCAACCCCUUCACACUGGGCCAAAAUGGGGCUGAAAGGGAGAACAAGGAGAAAGAGACUGGUGGGGAAGAAAAUCCAUUCUCCAGCCUUGAGCCUGAGAAGGAGCUGUCUCUCCAUCUCAACUCCCCACACAAGACCAGCAGCCGUGCCAACUCGGCAGUCAAAACCAUGUUGAAGCCCAUGUCCGCAGCAGGUUCCCUGACACACCAGGACAUGCCUGACAGUAGCAGUUACCUAAAAAGAAAGGCAGAGAGGGAGAGUGGCAAGAAGGCCAAACAGAAGUUGAAUUUCUCCUUACCAGAGCCAGAGAGGAGCUUCAGUGAGCUGUCCAACAGCAGCUGGUCGGAGAUGAGCCCCUGGGUGAUUGGGAACAACUAUAACCUGUAUCCUCUGACCCCAGAGAUAGAGCAAAGGCUUAUCCUGCAGUAUCUCACGCCUCUGGGGGAGUAUCAGGAGCUCCUGGCAGUUUUUAUGCAGAUGGGAGCUCGUGAGCUGCUCAUGCAUUAUAUGGACCUAAAGCAGACUAAUGAUGUGCAGCUUACUUUCGAGGCCCUCAAGUACUUGGCUUCUCUGCUGCUGCAUAAGAAGUUUGCUGCAGAAUUUGUGGCUCAUGGCGGGGUGCAAAAGCUGCUGGCAAUUCCCAGGCCAUCCAUGGCCGCCACAGGAGUAUCUCUGUGUCUGUACUACCUGGCCUACAACCAAGACGCAAUGGAAAGGGUGUGUAUGCUGCCCCACUCCAUCCUGUCAGAUGUGGUUGGCUACACCCUAUGGCUGCUGGAAUGCUCCCACGCAUCAGGCUGCUGCCACGCCACCAUGUUCUUCUCCAUCUCCUUUUCUUUCCGUGCCGUGCUGGAGCUCUUUGACAGGCAGGACGGCCUCCGACGUCUUGUCAACUUGAUCAGCACAUUGGAGAUCCUGAACCCCGAAGACCAGGGUGCGCUGCUGAGUGAUGAUGAAAUCUUUUCCAGCAGGCAGACAGCCAAGCACACCUGCAUGGCCCUGCGCAGGUAUUUUGAGGCCCAUCUGGCCAUCAAGGUGGAGCAGGUCAAGCAGUCCCUGCAGCGUACAGAGGGGGGCGCCCCCAUUCACUCCCAACCCUACUACAAGGCUGUGAGCUACAGCCAUGAGCAGGUGGUAGAGAAGAUGGAGUUUCUGAUAGAGUAUGGCUCACCCCGACUCUACUGGGAGCCAGCUGAGGUCUUCCACAAGCUCUCCUGUGUCCAGCUCCUCCUGCAGCUAAUUUCUAUUGCUUGUGACUGGAGGACCUACUACGGCAGGAGUGAUACAGUGCGAUAUGCCCUAGAUAUACUGGCCAUUCUUACAGUCGUUCCUAAGACCCAGCUGUUGUUGGCUGAAGCUGUAGCUGUGCUUGAUGAGGGCGGAUCCACUGUCUCCACUGUUGGGAUGAGCAUAGUCCUGAUGGUGGCAGAGGGAGAGGUGUUUGUCAAUGACGCUGAGAUCCAGAAGUCGGCUCUGCAGGUGGUCAUCAACUGUGUCUGUGCCCCAGACAAACGAAUUUCCAGCUUUGGCAAGUUUAUUGCAGGCACCCCCCGCCGCCGCAUGCCCCAGCAGACCAAAUCCAGUGAGAGUGUGCUCACUAAAAUGUGGAAUGUAGUGCAGGCUAACAAUGGCAUCAAGGUGCUCCUGUCUCUGCUCAUGGUGAAGAUGCCCAUUACAGAUGCGGAUCAGCUCCGAGCUUUGACCUGCAAGGCCCUGGUGGGUCUAUCUCGCUCCAGCUCUGUCAAACAGAUCAUCAGCAAGUUGCCCUUGUUCAGCAGCGGACACAUCCAGCAGCUCAUGAAGGAACCUGUGCUCCAGGACAAACGCAGCGAGCACGUCAAGUUCUGCAAGUUUGCAGCUGAGCUGAUAGAGAGGAUUUCUGGUAAACCGCUGCUGAUUGGUACAGAUGUGUCCCUGGCCUGGCUGCAGAGGGCCAAUGUGGUAGCUCAGUCCAGGAUCUCGUUCCCUGGGAAAGAGCUGCUGCUGCUCAUCAGGAACCACUUAGUUGCCAAAGGCCUGCAUGACACAGCCAACACACUGACCAAGGAGGCAGAUCUCCCAAUGGCAAUUCUUUCUCAUCCACCCCUCCCUAAUGCAGCUUUUCCCCCUGUUUCUGUUCCUCCUCCUCCUGCAUCCCCUGCAACCACGCUUCCCCGCACCCCACGGCUGGCCAACGGUGUCGGGUCGAGGUUAGGGAGCCAUACUUCUCAUUCGUCCACAACAAUGUCUGGUCAUUCACAGUCACGCCCCACUACGUCACAACCAGCAGUCUCUGCCUCCCCCACUUUUCCCUCCACAUCUGUGCCUCACUAUAGCAACGGCUCCCCACUGAUUGGCCGAAUCGUGUUCACACGUGAGCGCCCCUCAAUGUGUAGCACGUUUAGCUGUAAGAGGCCGCGGGUACUACGGCAGAAGUCUGACCACGGGGCCUUCAGUCAGAGUCCAGCCAUGAAGAAGCAGUUAGACAGACAUCUUCCCUCUCCCCCUGCAUUAGACAGCAUUAUAACUGAGUACCUGAGGGAGCAGCACGCACGCUGCAAAAACCCUGUUGCCACCUGCCCGCCUUUCUCCCUCUUCACCCCCCACCAGUGCCCUGAGCCCAAACAGAGACGCCAAGCCCCCACCAACUUUACUUCCCGACACACGCGAAGAGUCAUCUAUCCUAAAUAUGGAGGAGUGGAUGGAGGAUGCUUUGACAGGCACCUCAUAUUUAGCAGGUUCCGACCCAUCUCCGUGUUCAGGGAGGCAGAUGAAGACGAGAGUGGAUUCAUGUGUUGUGCCUUCUCAGCUCGUGAGCGGUUCCUGAUGCUUGGGACUUGCACAGGGCAGCUCAAACUCUACAAUGUGUUCACAGGCCAGGAGGAAGCCAGCUACAAUUGUCACAGCUCAGCCAUCACUCAUCUGCAGCCUUCGCGGGAUGGCUCUCUUCUAUUAACAUCAGCAUCUUGGAGUUAUCCUCUGUCUGCACUAUGGGGCAUGAAAUCUGUCUUCAUCAUGAAUCAUUCCUUUUUAGAUGACCAUUAUGUGGAGUUCAGUAAGCUAUCGCAAGACCGAGUCAUUGGCACAAAGGAGCACAUUGCUCAGAUCUAUGACAUCCAGACAGGGGAGAAGACCCUGACCCUUAAUAACCCGGACCUGGCCAACAAUUACAAGAGGAACUGUGCCACCUUCAACCCAACAGACGACUUGGUGCUGAACGACGGUGUUCUAUGGGACAUUCGCUCAGCCCAGGCAGUUCAUAAGUUUGACAAGUUCAACAUGAACAUCAGUGGUGUGUUCCAUCCCAACUGCCUGGAGGUCAUCAUAAAUACAGAGAUUUGGGAUCUACGGACCUUCCAUCUUCUCCACACUGUACCAGCCCUGGACCAAUGCAGAAUUGUCUUCAACAACAACGGCACUGUCAUCUAUGGUGCAAUGUUACAAGCUGAUGAUGAGGAUGACAUGAUGGAGAUGCAGCUGAAAACUCCCUUUGGUUCCUCUUUCAGGACCUUCAAUGCCACAGACUACAAACCAAUUGCCACAAUUGAUGUCAAGAGGAAUAUAUUUGACCUCUGCACAGACACAAAAGACUGCUACCUAGCUGUGAUCGAGAACCAGGACUCUGUCAACACUGACACUGUAUGUAGGCUUUACGAGGUUGGUCGUCAGAGAUUGGCUGAGGAAGAGGAGGAAGAUGAGGAAGAUCAGGAGGAUGAUGACCAGGAGGAAGAUGAUGAGGAUGAUGAUGACUCUGACGAUGACGUGGACACAGAUCCCCUGAUUGCUGAGCUGGAGAAUGAAAACGGAGGAGAGGAUGAGGAUGAUGAUGAAGAGGAUGGGAAUGAUGACUUUUCUCCCUCUGAUGACGAAGAGAUUGCUCAACUCCUGGAAGAGGACGGCGAUGACGACGAUGACGAUGAUGAUGAUGAUGACUCUGAUAACGAGGACGCCGAUCUGGGUGGUGACAAUGCAGACAGCUCUGACAACUCCGACCUUGAGGAUGACAUCAUCUUAGCCUUGAACGAAUGAGGAGCCAUCAGCUGUCGGGGGCUGUGGGACUACGACGAGAAGUCAAGACUUCUGUUAAAGGGGCACCCAUGAGUGUCUGAGCCAGGGCACAGUAUGAAAGAAAGGAGGGGCAGUAUGAACAGAUAAGGUUGGAAAAUGCUUAAAAGCACUGCCAAUAUAGAGCCUUGGAAGUUGCCUGUAUUUGGAGCUACACACCUUGGGACGUGGAGUGGAAGGACCAGGGGGAGAUAAUGUAGAAUCUCACAGGAGAACAAGAUGGAAAAAAGUGCACACACAUUGAGUUUCUGUUGAGGCAAAAAAGGUUGUAUGUGAUAUAGAUUUAUAACACAUGCCACAUUCGAUGACUGAAAUAAGUUUGCAAGACAUAGUGGGGGGAUGAAUUUGUUUUUUUAUAUAUUUUAUCACAUCACUGCAACUACGUAAAAUAUGUCCCUCUGUUUGAUAUCCAUUCUUAUCUUUUUUUCCCAGGGUUCUUCUUGUUGGCCACAAAUUUGUCUACAUGGGGGGGGGGGGGGGAACGUAAC